AUGAGUAACCCAUCUGAUAUUACAAUACAUCAUAGGGAUGUAUAUGGGUACUUCAUCGCUUUAGAAAAGUUCUUCCAAGAUACUGAGGUUAAACAUGAUCGUUCAAACUCUCCAAGGGCUCAGAAAGCAAGGGCUAAGUUGUUGAAACUAUCUCCGUCACAAUUUUACGAACUAAGCACAGAUGUCUAUGACGAAUUGCAAAGGCGCACUAAUGACAAUCAGGAUAAGCCAGAUUACUUGUUGCCAAAGGCCAGCUUUCAUAUAAAGAGGAAUCAGGCCAGGCAAAAGCUGGCGAAUUUAUCUCAGACAAGAUUCAACGAUUUAGUGGAUGAUAUAUUGUACGAGAUUAAGAGAAGAGGAUACGAUGUCAACCCAGACGCAACUAAUUAUUCACAUUCUGAUGAAGAACACGCAUUUGAUAGAGGCUCCGAGGCCAACUUUAGAAAUCAGCAUAAUGAGAAUAGCGUCAAUAGUAUGUCUGACAAUUCCCUGGUUCAUGUUCCACCUACGGCCACCAUUCAAACAUCCCAAGUAAUUCCCAUGAAGGCCUCUAUUGACUGGUCUUCAGAGGAUGAAGAAGAACUUGAGCUCUCCAAGACUGCGUCUAAUAGCAUAGCCAUAGGAUCAAUCAUCAGCCCACAAGAUUAUGCACAACCUGCAGCAUCUCCCGAAUCUGCCGCAGGAAUCUCGCCGACCGACAAUUACCACUAUACAGAUUUGAAUGAAUCACCCGCGGGUACUCGAGAAAUAAGGAACGACAGCUCUAGCGAUAUUAAUCAUAACGGUAUUCCAACAUUGGCAAAGAACGUCGAACAAAGAAUAUCUGAUAAAGAUACCAAAGAACUUCAAAAGGAAUUAGAGAACCUUAAAAAGGCUAACGAUACUCUCCAGUCUCAACUUGAUGGGAAGGACAGGGAACUGGAUGAAUUGAGAAAGCAAAAAACAUUAUCUAAACACAGGGAGUCUCAUACCAAUUUCCAAAAAGAACUGACCUCUUUGAGCUCUCAAGUAAGUACUUUGUCGAUCGAAAACGAGACCUUGAAACAGCAAAUUUCUGAAUUGGAACUAAAGGCGAAGACGGUGGGACCGGCUAAAUUAUCUGACGAUAAACAUAAUCUGUUGGAUGAUUUGCAAACCAGAUACCCACUUGAUGCGCGUUCACUUUCGAAAUACUCAACCGCAGAUGGCUUAGUCACUUUAGAGACGAUUAAGAAGUUACAUUCACAAAUAAAUGUGAUGUUUGUUAACAUACAGUCCGAGAAAGAAGAUGUUGGAAAAGAACUGUUUGAAGCAUUGGCAUGCGCAUCAAAUUGCAUACAUCGAAUGUUAAUUUUGGUUGACAUUCCUCAAUAUAAAGAUGAAGUAACUCUCUUAAAGGCUUCGUUAUCUCACGCUGUGACCGCUGUUAGGUAUUAUUCUGUUUAUCGUUCGAUGCUUCCACGAGUUACCGUUCAGGCAGCGAUCUCUGAAGUUGCAUUUGCGAUCUGCAACCUAGUCAACUCAACCAAGAUCAAACUGGAGGAUGUCAAAGGUAAGCCAGGCGCUACGAAUGAGAUCAAGGAAGCAAAGAGAGACAGCGCCGUCGCUCCGCAAACACCAAUCGAGCCUCAGUUUGGAUCUAGACUUUCACAAGACCUAUUACAGAGACCGUCCGACGUCUUCACCGUAACGGAAGAUAACAAGGAUGAAAUGUCGCCAGUCAAACCUUUAAAACUCACUCAAAGGGCUAAUAUGAGUCCCAAUCCUAACCUCAAGCCUACAUCAGCGCGCAAAACUUCAGGAAGCUUAUUCUUCACUUCCAUGAUAGACACCAAGUCACCCAAAUCAUCACUUUCUUCAGCUCAUUCGGGCAAGAUUCUCUUCAAGUCACCGAACGAGAAAUCUGAUAAAGCUGUGGAGGAAGAUGGUAAGCCACUUUUGAAGGUUGAGGAUAAGGAGAGGGCACAGAAGCCUUCAGACAAGCGAAUGCAACUAAAGUUAGAGGUGCCACCUACUACUCCAACGAAAAGUGUAAAUAACAAGACAGUUGAGGUUAUCGAUGGUACACCUUCUCUACCUACUCCCGCUGCCGUUGCCCCAACAUCCGACAAAAAGCCAAUCACCUCUAGUGAUAAACCCUUCGUCGAAAAACUUCACUUGAGUCCAUCUCACAAAGAACCAAUCAAGAAAUCAACAAAGAAUGGCUCCCCAGAGCAUGGUGCACAAGCCGUUGAAAGUACGAUGCAGAAUGAGACCAGUCCAAGCAGAAGCUUUGCAGAUAAGCUCAAAAGUUUUGCCAAUGGCACAGGAAUUGGCUUGAGAGCUGAAACAGAGCCGUCAGUCCAGAGUUCAACCACAAAAGAUGCUAGUCCAGAGGAAGGUGCUUCACCAGAGAGGAAGAGCAAUGACUCGAAAGAGGACACUCAAGAGGCGGCUGACAGGGAUCUGAGUAAGACAACUCCCGCAAAAAACGAUCCAUCCAAGAUUACUUCCCCCAUGGUAUCAAAAUAUGAGGAAGCGAAAUCCACUGUGGACCGCAGCCUCCAAAAAGUCAAAAAUUCUUUGAAGAGAGCGCCUGAGGUGAAUCCCACCCCAUCUAAACUCACAGAAAGGUUCAAAAAGGCUUUUGAAGAUAUGAGUGAUAAUGAUAGUGAGGAGGAAAGUAAAAGCGAUCUCAAUGAUAGCUCAAACCUCAGUGAUGAUGGGUCAACAUACUUAGCACUAAAACAGUCCAUGAGAAGAAAUGAUCAACAUCCAAAUGAUCAUCGAACCAUUCAAAAAGCAACAGUUUACUCCCCAAGGGCACAGCAAAAUAGCCAAUUUAAUGACAGCGAAACUAAAUUUGGAACAGAUACAGAUCUUUCAGACGCACCUUCAGAGCCUUCAUUUGUCAAAGAAAAGGCUACUAUUGUCGAAAAGCCACCUCAGAAUAUAAAUCUCGAGAAACAUGGCAGCAUCGAAGCCGGAGCAAUGAUGAAGACGAAUAAUCAGGCUCUUGAUCCAACAGACGCUGACGAGCUUUCGCUAAAUGCAGCACCAUUCGCAGAAGAAUUGGAUUCGAAAAAGGUGAAGAAAGAGGACCUUGACGAAUCUUCAGAUUAUCAGUUCGUUCCCUUAAGAAAAGAGAGAAGCCAGAACGGCGCUAAUGCAAACUCAAACCUAGGUAGUCAUGAAAAUGAGACAGUUCCUGAAGAAAAUGAAGAUGAUCGGAGGGUGGAUUUUGAUUUUGAUGCAUUUGACAUAGAAAACCCUGAUAACACAUUGUCGGAGCUGUUAUUAUAUUUGGAGCACCAAACCGUCCAAGUAAUUUCAACCAUUCAAUCACUGCUCACUUCCAUCAAGCAGCCUCAGGUGACGAAAGGUAAUCUAAGGACGGAAUCUAAUGCUAUCAACCAGGUCACCAGACAAAUGGUGGACGCUACGAGUAUUUCUAUGAACCAGAGUCGUAAUGCUAGUCUGAAAGAGCAUGGAACAUGGGUCGUUAGGAGUUUAGAAGAUUGCUCCUUGAGGAUGAUCACACUGUGUCAACUCAAUCGCGAAGGCAAAGUCAGUAGCAUAAAAGGUGAUGACGACUUUGCUGAUAAACAUUUCAAGCAGAGGUUGGCAGGUAUUGCAUUUGAUGUUGCCAAAUGUACAAAAGAAUUGGUAAAGACAGUAGAGGAAGCAAGCUUGAAAGAAGAGAUUGCAUUCCUCAAUUCAAGAUUAAACUAA